ACCUUAGGUCUCCAAUUGAAAAAGGGCCUCCUAUAUAUAAAUGAUUCGGACCCAACCAAAACGCAGGACAAAAUCGAGUUUCUGAUUCUGACGACGACCUUUGACCGCAAAUCGUCUCGCAGUUGAGAGCUUCUAAAUCGUUUUGGCAAUGGAUAAAGGAGCACCUCCUCCUCCUCCUCCCAGCAUAUUUGUGAACGAUGGGUCCUUCAUGGAAAGAUUCAGACAGCUUCAACAGGAGAAGAAAGAUGAAGCCAAGGAUAAGGAGGCUCCCCAUGUUGUUGUUGAGGAGUCCAAGCCUGUGAAGAUUAUUAUAUCUGGGAUUUCUAAUCCUAGGCCUUCUUCUUCUGCUACUAAAACUUCCAUUGGGUUUAAGACCAAUGAUGCACAGAAGAAAGGUGGUAAGCUUGCCUUCAGCUUGAAGCAAAAGUCUAAGCUUCUCGCACCUCCUGUGAAGCUUGGUGAAGAAGAGGAUGAUGAGGAUGUGCAGAAUGAUCAAAGCUUCGGAUCUGCUAAGCGUCCAAAGUUAGACGCACCUGCCAAGUCAACCAAACUCUCAGAUGUUGUUGUUGCACCUCCUGCGCCCAGUGACCCUAAUGUGAAGAAUGCUGCUGACAAAUUAGCAAGCUUUGUUGCUAAGAAUGGAAGGGCAUUUGAGAAUGUUACACGCCAAAAGAAUCCUGGGGAUACACUAUUUAAGUUUCUUUUUGAUGAGAGCUGUGCUGAUUACAAGUACUAUGCAUUCAGGCUGUCUGAAGAGGAAAAAUCUAUUUCACAAGCCAAGGAAUCUGGUGUACUUCACAGUGGUGAUGGAGGCCCGCGGAUGUCCACCACACCAAUCACUUCCCAAAAGCCAGCUCAGCAACAAAGAGGCUAUCAGACCCCUGCUUCGGCUCUCUAUGAUGCUUCUGUAGAAUCUGGAGCUUCCUCUAGAUCUGUUCAGGCAUCAGUUACAAGACCAAACAACAGCGACUCUUAUAGUGCGCCGAGGGCUGCAGACCCUAUUUCUAUGAUGGAGUUUUACAUGAAAAAGGCUGCCCAAGAAGAAAAGAUGAGACGCCCUAGACAGUCAAAAGAUGAAAUGCCCCCGCCAGCUUCUCUUCAAGGUUCAUCUGCUAUUCCCUCGACAGACUCCGGAAAGAGAGGUCAUCACAUGGGUGAUUAUAUCCCACCGGAGGAGCUAGAUAAGUUCCUUGCAAAGUGUGACGAUGUAGCUGCAUUGAAAGCCACAAAGGAGGCAGCUGAGAAGGCUAAGAUCCAAGCAGAUAAUGUGGGACAUAAGCUCUUGUCAAAAAUGGGUUGGAAAGAAGGUGAAGGUAUAGGAAGCUCUAGAAAGGGUAUGGCAGACCCGAUAAUGGCAGGCGAUGUAAAGACUAACAACUUGGGAGUUGGGGCUUCUGCUCCAGGAGAGGUUAACCCUGAAGAUGAUAUAUACGAGCAGUACAAGAAGCGAAUGAUGCUUGGUUACAAACACAGACCCAACCCACUGGGAAAUCCAAGGAAAGCUUAUUAUUAAGAACCAUUCAGUGUGCUGCAGACAAUCAUGAGCUAUCUCUCACCCCACCAAGCCCCAGCUGAUCUUUGCUUUUCUAUUAAAAGAUAUAAUGUUUUUGUUUGGUUUUGGAUUUGGAUUGUUUGCAAAUAGAUCUAUAUCAGUUGGGAUUGGAAUUGACUGAGA